AUGGAGCAUCAAAUCUCACUAUCAAUUCGUGGCCAAGACAAUUCGCGAGAACUCCAGUCCGAUUCGCGCAUGGAAAGGGACGACGGUGAUACCACCGACUGCCUCCCCUCCCCCAAUUACCUUCCCUCAUCAUUUCCGAAAGAACCAAUUCUGGCUAGGACCUCCAAGUUGGUCUCCAAUGCUGAUACUGAGCCAGCCAGUCAGAGGCCAUUCACAUUCUGCUCGCCGAUCAUCCACCCCAUCGUGGAAACUAGCCCCCACCACCACCCACAAUCCAUCCUUGAACACGACACAGGAAUAGUACAAGUACCCGCGCAGCAACUAGCCAACGACCCAAUUCUAGAUGCUUUCCGUUUGGCAACUUCACCACGCUGGUCACCAGCACCCCGGACCAAGUUACUCUUCUGGUGGGGUUUCCUAUGCCCCCCACUCUGGUUCUACGGCUCACUCCACCUCAUUCCACCCCUGAGGCGACGGUUGAAUCGACCAAAAAACACACCAAAGAUCAACCGACGACCCCGCCGAGGCCAAAUAGUCUCUUACCUAUCCCGGCUCCAAGGGCCCUUUUCAAAAGGGGAUGUGGAAGUAGGCACUACUACAGUUGUCGUAGUGCCCAGGUCCAAGACGUUGUUCGAUGAUUCCUGCGAAACCGUGAUGAUAACCGAUUGGAGCCCAGGGUGCAUCAGCUCGGCGGAACGGCUGGACGCAGCUGGAAUCAACGCGAGUGAAUGGCUUCACCCUGAUGCCAGGACGGAAGAAGCAUUGGCUGAGUUGGACAAAUGCGAACGAAGGGGCGCAUACCAUUGUCUGCUAGCAUUUCUCCUUUUCUCCAUCAUUCUCGCGGUUUCCGUGAUCAUCAGUCAGAAAGUGAAUUGGCCAAUUCACACAUCAACUCACUUGACAUCUUCGGAAAACGAGCCGAUAGGCAAUACCAACCUGCUUGGCGCAUCCAGUCAUUCAAGUCCUCUAUGA